AGAAUUGUCUCCCUUUACUGGAAAUGAGCAGGUUGUGUUGUUGGGACUGAAGAGAUGUUGGGUCCCUGUGCUUGACUCAGUGUGUGAACAGACACAGUAGAAAUCUGGUUUCUUCAUCGUAGGGGGGCGGGGGGGAAAUUCCUGAACUUCUCUUGUUGAGAAAUCUCAGCCCCGCUGCUGAUGUUAUGACCCUGGAUGUUCUGGUUCAGGAGCAGAAGAGAAGCCUGAACCCGGAGCGACACAUCAUGAAGUUUGAUUUGGCUGCAGCUUCUUUGGCUUCGUUCCUCAUCUUUCUGUCUCCAGUUUGCUGCCAGCAGUCUGUGAACUGCAGAUGGGGGUCUUACGGAGAGUGGUCCGAGUGUGACGGCUGCAGCAGCACUAAGGUGCGCACUCGCCACGUGGAGGUGUACGCCCAGUUUGGGGGCGGGGCAUGUUCAGGAGAAGCCGCUCAAACACAACCGUGUGUUCCGCAGAAAGGUUGUCCCCUGGAAACGGGCUGUGGAGAAAGGUUCCGCUGCACCUCUGGUCAGUGUAUCAGUCGCACUCUGGUGUGUAACGGAGACUACGACUGUGACGACAGCCUGGAUGAGAGAAGCUGUAACCAAGACGACCAACAGUUCUCAUGUGACCUCGACAAAACGCCUCCGAACUCUGACUUCACAGGCAGAGGGUACGACGUGUUGACGGGGAAACUGAGAGCAGGCGUGAUCAACACUCGGAGCUUCGGAGGUCAGUGCAGGAAGGUGUUCAGUGGCGACCACAAAGUCUAUUACCGACUUCCGCAGAGCGUCCUCAGGUACAACUUUGAGGUGAUAGUGGACAACGAAGAUAGCGACGAAUCCUACAACAGCUUCUGGUCGUACACUCAGCACAUCCAGGCCAACGCCUUGUCGGCACACGACCGCCGCACCUUCCACAAAGAGCAAACUGAGAAUAAGGCGUACAAAUUAAUAAUCCUGAAGAAUAAAGUGGAACUGGCCCAGUUUCAGAACUCCGCCCCUCAGUACCUCACUCUGUCCGAAGGCUUCUGGAAGGCCUUGUCCUCGCUGCCGUUCACGUACGACUACUCUGCCUACCGCCAGCUGCUCCGGAAGUACGGCACGCACUACCUCUCCGAGGGCUCGCUCGGCGGCGAAUACCAAGCCUUGUUGGAGUUAGACCGCCAGGCGUUCACCUCAUCCAGUACGACAGAUAUCGAGUACCAGAGGUGUUGGAAGAAGGUGAAACGUCGUUGGUUCCGGAAGAAAGUGACAAUCAAGUGUGAAAAAGUCAUGAAUUCUAUCUCAUCCAAAGACGGACACAAAGUGAAUAAAAUGCCCAUUAAAGUCAACAUAUUUGGAGGAGAUCCAUCCUUCAUCGGCGCUCUGAGUAUUCUGGAUCUGGAAAAGCCAGAAGCUAACGGAGAGAUCUAUGAUAACUGGGCCUCGUCUGUCAAAGACUUCCCUGACGUCAUAAACCAGAAGCUGCGUCCUCUGCACGAGCUGGUGAAGGAGGUGCAGUGUGCCGGUUUGAAGAAGCUGCACCUGAAGCGAGCCACGGAGGAGUACCUGGCCGAGGAGCAUCCCUGCCACUGCCGUCCCUGCCACAACAACGGCCAGCCGCUGCUGAGCGGCUCCGUGUGUCUCUGCGUCUGCCGGCCGGGAACCUCGGGACCAGCCUGUCAGACUGGAGCUGUGACCGGAGAGCAACCGGGGGUGACCCACGGCGGCUGGAGCUGCUGGUCCUCCUGGGCGACUUGUUCUCGAGGUCAAAGGUCAAGAACUCGCAGCUGCAACAAUCCUGCUCCCAGCGGAGGUGGACACCACUGCACCGGACUGACAGCGGAGCAGAAGCCUUGUGAGGACCCCGACAUCCAGUAUUUACAGACGAUGGAGCCUCAGUGCUUCAGUCUCUCUGUGACGCCACCAAAGACCUGUGGUCCGCCUCCGAACCUGAGGAACGGAUUCAUCCAGAAUCCCAAAGAUUUGUACAUGGUAGGAAACACGGUGGAUUUCUCCUGCAUCGAGGGACAUUACCUCAGUGGAGACGCUGCCGCUCGGUGCACUGAAAGCCAGACGUGGACGCCGGGGACGAGGGUUUGUAAAAGUUCCAUGUGUGGGAUUCCACAACUCAGCAGGGACGUUGUGGCCGCGCCCACCAAAGAGGCCUAUCCGAUUGGAGACACGCUGUCCCUCUCCUGUCCUGAGGGCUCGCUGCUGGACGGUGAGGUGUCAGAGGUCAUGUGUAGUCCCAGUCUGCAGUGGUCUCCGUCUCCUGAAGGCAUUCGUUGUAAAGCAGCGCCCACAGCUCCCACUCCUCCAUCCGGCCUGAGGUGUAAACCCUGGGAGAACGUAGGAACAACCGAGUGUGUGUGCAAAAUGCCAUUUCAGUGCUCGCCUUCACUGCAGCUGUGUGCCAGACUUGGCUCCACUCAAACCCCGCGGUUGCUCAGCGUGUGUCAGCUCGGCGCUCUGCGGUGUGCCGGUCGCAGCUUCACGCUGACCAGUGACGCCGACUGUAAAUGGCCAGAGGAGACGCUCACGUCACGCGUUUGCCAGAACGUGUCAGAAUGCCCACAAGACUCCGCCCCCCUGUGCGUUAGCUCUGACGUUGCCACGACGAUGACCGAAUGCGAGGUGGGAGCCAGGAAGUGUGGGGGGGAGCAGCUGAACGUGAUCGGCAUCGACGCUUGUCCAGAAUAAAUGAUUGUUGUUUUAUUCAAAUUGUAGAUUUAACAGGAAAUUCAAUGACUGAAUUGUAAAUAGAAGCUAAAACGAUUUAUUAAUGUAAAUAGAUUCCUCUGCGAUUCUGUGUUUGUUUUUGUAUUUGUCACAGAGGAUAGAUAAGGUUAACAAAAUAAAGGUUAAAUGACCAAUCUACUUUGUAUAAAGUUAAUAAAACACUUUUCAAAAUAAAA